CUCUGCGCCCUCUGCCUAUCUUUCUUUCUCUCUCUCUCCUCUCUCCUCUCUCCUUUCGUUUCUUUUCUCACACUCUCCUUGUCUCUUCUCUAAGGACUCGUAAUUAUAACUUCCCCCAACAAGGUCAGGGAGAUGGGAAGAGCACCCUGUUGCUCUAAGGUGGGUUUACACAGAGGUCCAUGGACUGCUAGAGAAGACACAUUGCUCAUCAAGUAUAUUCAAGCCCAUGGUGAAGGCCAUUGGAGAUCUCUACCCAAGAAAGCAGGACUCCUAAGAUGUGGAAAGAGUUGCAGGCUAAGAUGGAUGAAUUAUCUAAGACCAGAUAUUAAGAGAGGGAACAUCAGCCCGGAGGAAGAAGACCUCAUCAUCAGACUUCACUCACUUCUAGGCAACCGGUGGUCUCUCAUCGCAGGGAGACUACCUGGUCGAACUGAUAACGAGAUCAAAAACUACUGGAACACCCAUCUCAGCAAAAGAUUCAAAAGCCAAGGAACCGAUUCAAACGCCAAAACCAAGGCGGCAAAAAGAUCCACCGGAGAGCCCAAGAAGAGGAAGAGCAACAACCAGCAAAAGAAGAAGAAGAGCAUCGGCAGAGGGAAUAAUGAUCAAGAGACAACCAAGACCAAGAUCCAUCUACCAAAGCCCGUCAGGAUCACCUCACUCCCCAUCUCCAGGAACAACAGUUUCGAGUACAACACGCCAUUAAGCCUGCAAGGAGGAGAGAAAGGAGUAGUAGUUUAUACAGAAGAUUUAGAGCUUCCAUGGCCCUAUCUCAGGGAUGGUGCUACCACCCUUAUUGAGGGUGAUCAAGAUCAUAAUCUCGUCGUCGGUGGGUGUGAUCUUGGAUGCCAAUCUCAGAUUCCAGUGAAGGAUAAUGGCAUGUUAGAGAAGCUCUACGAGGAGUACCUACAACUCAUCAACACAGACACAGAGGAGGAUCAUCAAGCUGAACUAGAUUCCUUUGCGGAAUCUUUAUGGGCCUGAGAGCUCGAGAAACGUAACGGAGAAAGGAGGAGAGAGGGAGAAAGACAAGACAAUUAAAGCAAUUAGUGUACCACAAUCUAUCUAGGACACAUGUCCGAUCAUGGAGACAUCUUUCUUACGAAAGCGAAGCUCACCCCACGUCAAAAAGUGGUGACGGAUGCCUCGCCUAUUUACUCUUAGUCCUAGAAGGCUAGACUAAUCUCCUCCUAUUCUUCUACACAAUCAGUUCACGCGUUUAAUUACUUUCCUCCCAGGCUCCCACCUUUCUAGAUGUUGGCCAUCAAUUUAGCAUCUUUAGCCAAGUAGGGAGAUGGGGGCAGCUGGAUGUAGCAUGGUUGGUCCAAGGUGCCAUAAUUAUCCAUAAUAAACUCGCCUAAGUGAGAGAGAAGAGGACCAUUUGGAGAUACAGGGUCAGGGUGUGUACCAAUGUCUUAAUGUGUGAUGAUGAUGAUGUUUUGUAAUUUUUU